GCCGGACCGCGUAUAAAACCUCCUCCUAGUUUUUUUCAGUUCCCUUGGCUUGUUUUACAAGUACCUGGGUUCAGUUUAUCGGCGUAGUUCUCGUUUGUAAUUGAAGUAUCAAUUUCGUUCCGGACAAUUACUUUUCGAAAAGACCAUAAACCCUAGCUUGGCUGACGGAGCAGUUUCUUCGACCUCGAAAGAUUUACAGAUAUGGUCACACCAUUGAUCGGAGGAAUCGCUGUAGCUGCAGCAGCUUAUGCUGGUAGAUAUAGCAUUCAGGCUUGGCAAGCAUUCAAAGCAAGACCACCUACAGCUAGGCUGCGUAAAUUUUACGAAGGUGGUUUUCAAUCUACCAUGACACGAAGGGAAGCAGCUCUCAUACUUGGAGUGAGGGAGAGUACCCCGACAGACAAGGUCAGGGAAGCGCAUAGGAGGGUGAUGGUUGCUAAUCAUCCGGAUGCAGGGGGUAGCCAUUACCUUGCAUCUAAAAUUAAUGAAGCUAAAGAUAUUCUGCUUGGAAGAACCAAGGGCACGGGCUCUGCAUUUUGAUGGUGUUGACUUGUCCGAAUGCUCCAUAGGCCAUUGUUUGUGAAGGUUUCACAUAGCGAGUUUUAGAUGUGUCAUCUCUGUUUCGGAUCAAUUAUUUUCAGUGUAUAUCAACAGGCGGUUUCUGUAGCCAUAAACUUAACGCAUUGAGGAUACUGUAGUUGGACCCUCUUUGGAAGUCUUGUAGCUUUAAUUUCAUGAACUUGCUUAGCAUCUGGCCGAA